AUGGCGACGGGAGAUGGAGGCGAGGAGGAGCCGCCGCGGGGAAAGGAGGCCGGGCCGCGCCUUGUGCCCGGCGGCGACCUGGGCCAAAUGGACAAACGAAGGAUGUGCCGGGACCCCCCGGUAGAGAAAAGAGGUCCCUACAUUAUGAACAAACCAUCUUCUAUUCAGGAUAAGCUACAAAAACAUCGCGAGAUGGCCAAGGCAAUGCUGCGGAAAAAGGGAGUCUUUUCAGGAGCUGUCCGGCAACAGCCCAAACCAGGAGCCGUGAGGACGGUGAAAUUCAACAAGGGCUACACUGCGCUCAGCCAGACCUCAGAUGAAACCCUGGUGGCCCUGGAUUCCGACAGCGAUGACCUGGAAUCUAGAUGCUCUUCUGGUUACUCCUCGGCCGAGGUCAACCAGGAUCUCAGUCGCCAACUGCUGCAGGACGGCUACCGCCUGGAUGAGAUCCCCGACGACGAGGAUCUCGACCUGAUUCCCCCGAAGCCCAUUUCAUCCUCACCGUGCUCCUGUUGCUUUGGCGACUCCGCCUCCUGCUCCAUCCAAUAGGGAGAAGCCUUGGAGGACUGCACUACACGGGUCAAGAAUUCAGCACUUUUCUUCCCAAUUCCUCUUUUUU